CCUGUGUCGGGACAGAUGGUGGUGGUCAUGCUGGGAGACGCAAGCCGCCCGCUGGGGCUGAGCCUCUUGCUCCUGAAACUGGUCCUGGUGGUCGUGUGCCCGCUGCCCCAGCCCGGGAGGCCUCACUACUACGUACCUGACGACUUCUCCGCCCCUCUGGAGCUCCCGCAGUCACAGUUUGGCCUCAUUGAUGACUAUGGUGUCCUGCCAAAGCACCCCGUGGCCCUGAGACCCCUCCCCAACCAGGCCCAAGCCCAAGUCCAGGCCCAGCAGAAGCGGGAUGAAUCAGACAUAUCCCAGAAUUACUACGACAACCCCCUGUGACCAGGGAGGUGGGGAGGUAUUUGCAUAAAGUCAUUCUCAA